GUGCGCAAAGCGGGUUAGAGCUACACUGUAUUUCAUCAAAAAAAAAAAAAUCGGAGGGGAACAGGGGGGAGCAUCCCACCAUUUCCAGAGUUCGAACAACUUCACCGGCCUGGUGUGCUGAUCCCUCCGGCUGGCCCUAGCUGCAGAGAAGGAGAACGGGGAGCUUAAGGAACUAAAACACGGACGGUGCCUGCAGAUUAUCUCUUAACUUAGGUGCUGUGCAAAAAAAGGCGACGUUUCCCCGGAGGAAGUCUCCAAGUGUUGGAAACUUCCCAGCGCAACAUCGAUCGAGGACCUCCCGCCCACAGUACCUCUGAUCCACACUACUGGAAGAGGGGAGAGAGAGAGUUCUGCACCCGCUGCAGUGGAUGGAGCAACAAAGGCUAUGGUUCAACUAGAAGAGCUCCUUUGAUUCAAAAACACAACUCUCCUUUCUCUCCUUGCCUGCUGUUUUCCUAAAAAGACUCCAUCAUCUUAACGGCAAACCUGCAGCCUCUUGGAUCUCAUUUUUUGGGAACUCGGCCAGGUUCUACUUAGUGCAAGAGGGAAUCACCACAGACGUGAAAUUGAUGCUUUGGUACGCAGAGGCGCACGACCGAUCCUCUAGUUUUGCCAAAGUCUCCUACUGCUCAGUGAGGGAGGUAGACUAGUUCAGGACGAAGUGGGAUUUGCAGAAGUUGCAUGCUUGGUCUUUGUCAUUUCGAGUGAGUCCUAUCCAUCCACUCUCCAGAGAAGAUCCGGAUAGUUGAGGCCAUGGCGAUGUGUGUGGGGAUAUGGAUACUCCUGUUAGCGCUGCAUAUUCAAGCUGGCAACGGUCAGAUGGUCCAGAUGGACCCCAGUAAGUCCGGCUUUGUGGGUUCACAAGUGGAGCUGCGCUGCAUUUUCAGCAACAGUAACCCACCUGUCAAGAUCUCUCAAGUCACCUGGCAGAAGCUCCUCAACGGCACCAAACAGAACGUGGCCAUAGCCAACCCUGCCCUCGGUGUGUCCGUUCUGCCGCCUUUCAAGGAGCGGGUCAGCUUCAAGCAAGCAGCAGUUCGUCACCGUACGCCCUCACUGGAGGACACCACCAUCAUGUUCUCCAACUUGCAGUUGUCUGAUGAAGCUGCCUACAUCUGCGAGUACACCACGUUUCCUGCAGGCAACCGUGAGAACAUGGUCAACCUCACGGUAUUUGCUCGCCCUAUGACACGUAUGACCUUGACAACACCCACCAUUGUGGCCAGGGCUCAGAAACGCAAGAUGACUGUUGCCACUUGUGUAUCAGCCAAUGGGAAGCCCCCAAGCGUGAUCAAAUGGGACACCAGGUUGAAGGGUGAAGCCACUUACCAGGAGACUCGCAACCAAAAUGGGACGGUGACGGUACGGAGCAACUACGUGGUCAUACCGAGCCGGGAGACCCACAAACAGAAGCUCACAUGUAUUGUGACCUACCGAAAUGAAAAGAUCACAGACAGCGUGGUGCUCAAUGUGCAAUAUGAACCCGAGGUGAAGAUCGAGGGCUUUGAUGGGAACUGGUACCUGAACCGUCAGAAUGUUCAGCUGACCUGCAGGGCUGAUGCUAACCCCCCUGUCACGAUCUACCAGUGGAAACUUUUGAAUGGCUCCCUGCCCAGUAAUGUGGAAAUCAAGAACAACACCCUGUUCUUCAAGGGGCCGGUGACCUACGACCUGGCCGGCACGUACGUCUGUGACGCAACCAACGGCAUUGGGACUCGCACUGGCAUCGUGGACGUCAACAUCACAGAAUUCCCUAACAACCCGCCACCUGGGGGCCAUGAGAUCCCGCAGGAGCAGCACAAUGCAGGUGCCGCCAUCGGGGGCGCUGUGGGGGGAGUCGCCCUGUUGGGCGUGGCGGCCAUACUGCUCUUCAUAUUCCUGCGCCGCCGCCAGCGCACCUUCAAGGGAGACUACAGCACCAAGAAACACGUGUUUGGAAACGGUUACAGCAAAGCCGCGCAUCCUCCCAUCCCCAAGAACCUGCAGUAUCCGGAAGACUCGGAUGAUGAGAAGAAGCCUGCCCAGAUCGGCGGCCCCGGAGGCUUUGAGGCGAGCGAGCGCGAUUUUGAUGCCGAAGCAGAGGACCUGAAGAGGCCCUAUUUCACUGUGGACGAAGGAGAAAGCCGAGAUUAUGAUGAGCGGACUCUGGAUUUCCAGUAUGACCCUGAACCUGAGAUAGCCGAUGAUAUGAUCUCUCAAACCGACGGCUCUGUCAUUUCUAAGAAAGAGUGGUAUGUGUAGUGGCAUUCAACAACCAAACCAAACAACCCCUUGUCCCCCACCUGCAUUCCACCACACCCUUCACCUCCAUCACCUACCCCACCCUCCCAUUUGUCAAACUGCACCUUUCAAGUCCCCUUCCUCUUUUGGUCAACCUAGUACCCCCUUCCCCCUGACUCCCCCCACAUCAGACCCCAUCCAACUAAUCUCUAUUAGAAGAUCAAGAGUCUAUUUAAAGUGCUAGCAACAUCAACUUCUCAACAUGACGGCAUUAGUAUCAAUUCCAUCAGUCGAAUGAGCAAAGAAUACAAACUAAGGUAUGUAAUUGGACUCGUUGUCACUGACGUACGAGGCCAGGGAGGUGAUUGGUUGAUUAAUACUGGUGUAUUAUUAUUUUUGUGUCAUGUUUUUUUUAUGUUAUAAAUGUAUUAAAUGUGUAAAAAGAGACUGCAGGUUGAGGUUUUGCUGAGCACAUUUGUGAAAGUCCUACACUGGAUGUACGAUUUGUUUUUUGUUUUGUUUUUCCAGUACCAUUGCUGUUAUGUUAUUUUUAUAAUGUCUUUUUGUAUGGUUUUUAAGUGACCUGAGAAUUGAGAGUUAAGUGUCUGACAUAAUUACAGGUGGCGUUCUUAGUGUUUGUAAUUUUGUGGUCAAAUGUUUCAGAGAAAGAAAAAAAAAAAAAAUCAUACAGCACCUCUAUCAUUUUUCCUGUUUCUCUCUGGGUUUAGCAUUCAUGAAAUUACAUUUUUUUUGUUUUUUUACAGCAUUAAACGCAGAUAUGUUAUUGCUGUUUUCCAAAGACAUGCUUAGUAUUUCUUGACCCCUGUGUUUAUAUGCUUGAUAUAUUUCUUUACUGAGAGGGAGUCAGUCUACUGAGCCGUAUGGAUAUGGCAGUAACAGAUAAAAAUCAUAUGGUCUUUUUAAUUUCCUUUCCUAAAUUAAAAAAUAAAUAAAAAUAGGGCCCACGUCAAUGAAUCAGAGUAGCAAGGGAGAGAAGGGCUACAACUGUACCUUACACAAUAACACACUUUUCAGUCACGUCCAAAAGGGGUUUGAUGAGUCUCACAGAAAACUUCAAUAAUUGCUCUGAAAUGUCAUGUUUGUCACUUGACUUGAACAGGUUUUACCUGUGUAAACGAGCUCAAGAAGUUACCACUGCAAUGAAAUGUCUUUUUUGUGUGUGUGUGUGUGCUGAGUGGUCAUAAUUAUGUUUUAUUCUAACCCUUUUUUUAUCAAAUGGAUGUCAGAGAAAAGUGUCUGGGGAAUUUCCCAAUAAUGACUAAUGGGUCUCUUCUUAUAAUUGUGUGACUAUGUACUGGAGAAUACACUAAAGUCUCCCCGCUUAUACACCAACAGCAUUUGCUAUGAGGAGUCGUCCAUGGACACAAAGGAUACGGAUAAGAGGAAAAUGUCACCCGAUGCAUAUAGUUACAUCUACAGAGAAAAUAUUUUAACAUGUAAAGGGAAUUGAAAAUAUGAUGGUGGCCAUCCUGGAGUACAAUAAGUCACCUGCUGCUUUCAUGAUGUUUUUUUUUCCAUCUUUUUUUCUGAAAUGAAUUUAAGUAGCUGUUAGGGGAUUUUAAAGGAAUGAAUGGUUUUCUGUCUCUUAAUAUUGGCAUCUGAAUAUGCCAAUGGCUAUACAAUGAUCCUGUCUAAAGGCAUUAUAUAUAUGGCUUUUUAAAUCUGUUAACAAGUGCCAGUGGUUGCUAGAAUAGCAAAUCAAAGUGAAUUUGCUUCAAACAAAAAAAGUUCAAUAUGAAACAUGGGAUAAGACAAGCAAAUAAUUUAAUACAUGGAUAUAAGUGAGAUAUCUGACUGGCUCUGAACAAUAUAAAUACUGUAUUAAGCCUUACUUUAUGCAUGUUUUUGUGUGGGAGUGCGUAUGUUGCUAUUUUUUCUGUAUCAAUUCCAGUGUGUCUUUCCUCAUUUGCAGCUCAAAAGACAGCACUUUUUCAGUGUUGUCAGUAUUGACAAAGAUAUGAGUUUAUGGGCACUCAGUACCCAGAGACAAUAUUACAGUUAACACACAAGAGUGUAUGAAUAUAUAUAUAUAUAUAUAAAUAAAGAUGAAAAAAUAGCAUCUCUGUUGGCUGGAGAUGUGAAUGUCUUACAGUCCAUGCUUGUCUACUGUAUGUUUUUAGAUGAGCAUGUUAAUCAUGAGCCUCAAACUAUAUUGUACUUUAAACACAAAUUAACAUUGCAAAGUGGGGAAAUCAUGUUAAAAGUCUGCUGAUAUCAGCUUACUUUAGUUACAUUUUCUCACGGAUUAUUUCUGCUUUUGCUAAGUGUCUCCACUACAGUUGGAGAGCGAUACCUGAGGUUUGCAUCAAAAAGUUUCAGAGGGGGGAAACUAAUUGACAGCAGUGGGGUUGCUACUUUCCAAGUGCAAAAGUAAAUUGCAAUUUUAUAGCCUUUGGUUUAUUGUUCAGCUGCUCAGAUAAACUGCUUCGCUGUAACAUUUCACUUCCACAAGACAAAUGUAUGAAUAGCAUGUUUUUAUCUUUUUCUUGCAUUCAGUGCCUAUCAAAGUCAGGAGAUAUAAGGUAGUCUGAACAGUUGCUGCUCCAUCAUUUAAAGGUGCAGUGUGUAGGAUUUAGUGGCAACUAGCAGUGAGGUGUACGAGAACCUAGGGUGGCCUCAAGACUCUCGAAAAACACGAAAGGCCCUCUCUAGAGCCAGUGUUUGGUUUGUCCAUUCUGAGCUACUUUCGAAACAUGGCGGUACAACAUGUCGGGCUCCAUGGAAGAGGACCCGCUCCCUACGUAGAUAUAAAGGGCUCACUCUAAGGUAAUGAAGCCAAAAUGAUUCAAAUUUUCAGGUGAUUAUACAAUACUUAAAAUGUACUAAGGAAUAUUAUGAAUAUUAUAUUCAAUUAUUUUAAGACUGUUCCGCUAGAUGCAACUUAAUUCUACACACUGCACCUUUAAAUUAUUCAUGCCAUUUAAUAGCAUCAUGAAUAACAUAAUAUUGAAAUAUAACAUGAAGUGCAAACUUCUCUAGAUCAAAUGAUGAUUCUUUAAUUUGCAUUGAAUUUCUGUUAGUCCAUCUGAGCUCAAGCACGAUAUUAACUGCAGCUGUACUUGAUCUUAAUCUCAACUGAUCUAUUAAAAGCUGCAUUCAUUACCAUUUUAAAGUUAAAUGAUUUCUAAAUGGUGAUACAGCACUUUUUCCACUCAAAACUGGAUAGUUUAAGUUCUAAAGAGAUCUAACUUUUGCAACAUAGUCACACAUCGCUGACUUUUCUAAGCACAACAAUCGAAACUAAUCCAGUGGGGGAAAAAAUGUAACUUGUAAAUUUGAAUUAAAAAAAAAUGCAACUUUGGCUCAAAGCAAAGAUCAACUUGACCCCUUUUUUAAAGCACAAGUUUAGGGUUUCAUUUCACUUUUUUUUACUGCAUACAUUAUGAAACCACUGCCACACUUGCUUCUCAGUCAUGUUGGAGAAAGAAAGACCUUUCAGAUUUGAGUCGACAUUCUGUAUACUGGUAGACGUAAACAUUGUCUUCAUGUUGUCGGGGUGUUAUGAGUUUCUAUUUUGUAAUACUGACUGUAACUUCAUUCCAUCCUAAUCUACUUUUUGUAUUCAGUAUGUUCAACAUUCCACUGUAAAUAAUGUAUAUAAGGUUGAGAUUAUAGUUGGGAUUUAUUUAGGGACAACUGUGUAGGGACCCUGGUCAUGUAAAAUAUACCCUAUUUAGACUGCAAACAGAGAGACCUGGUGAUGAAUAGAUGAAGUUGAUGCAUAGCUUAUUUCCAAAGUCCCACCUAAAAAUGCUCCUCCAGUACAUUUGUAAUAUUGCCACUAGCGGCUUCACUGUCAUACAAAGGGGUGAUGCAUACAGUUUGUUGAUUUAAUGUUAUUGAAAUAAAAUCAAAAGAGAGAAAUUGUCUGUAUGCAGCCAUGUGAAUGUAUAUUUCUGAGGGUGUUACAAAUAUGAAAAAAAUCUCUUGUUCAAUUGUGAUGACCCAGUGAAGUAACUUGUAUUUGUUUUAAGCAUUAAAUGAGUUCAAUAGUCAACAGUGCCCUGUCCCAGUUCACUGAUUGGAUAGAUGUGUGUAUCUGAUUGAAUAUGGUUUAGGUCUUCAACACAUUUCUUAUCGCUGUAUUGAUUUAGGUCAUUGGAGCUCUUUCCCAAUAGCUCUGAUCAGAAAUGUAUCCCUGUCAGCUUACACAGGUGUUAAUGUUGAUUAAUUUCUUCGGCUCCGUCACGUUCUGUGAGCCUUACAUGUAAGAUGUAAAAAAGAUUUGUACUGCAAAUAAACGUAUGUAGU